AUGGAUUUACAAAGUCAAGUGCAAGAUCUCUUGGAUUUAUCAGAUCAUGUUACUUUACUGUUGCAAAAACAAUUCGAUACUCUUAUCCGAAAAAGAACCUUUGUAAAGAAUGAGAAGGAAGGAGAGGAGUUGGAUAAUUUAUCUUGUGAUAUAGCUUUGGCUUCGAGGUCUUUGCAAGUCUUAAAAUCACGUCGUGAAAUUCGUACUGCUAUUGGUGAAUUAAUGGAAAUUAAGCAACAACUUGAAAAUUACGGCGAUAAUCCAUCCAGUAACUGGUAUGAUUACAUUCAAGAUACGAUGGAAUGCUUGCAUAUGCUUUUGAAAAAUGGAAUUGAAGUGGCAUCCUCUGGAAUUCCGAUCCCUGAACAAAAUACCGCUUCGUUUGAACAUUUUAAAGAAGCACCGUUGCCCAGAGUUGUUGAAGAAGAUAUUGUAUAUAAUAAUGAUCGUUUUAAUUAUGAGAAGGCAUCACGACCAACGUUACAGCCCGUUCCAAUAGGGGAUUAUAAUCAUAAAAUAAAAGAUAGAUCUGUAGUUCACGUUGUUCCGCAAGAAAAUCACGCAAAACAAAAUGGGAUAAGGCGUCAUACAAUGGAUUCGGAGAAUGUAUCAGUGGCUCGUUUGUUAGUUGGAAAUCUUGGUUUGAAACAAUCCCCUUCCAAGGCUUCAAUCACGACCUCUGUUUCAUCAGAUCAAGUUUGCACGAAUCCUGCACGCGUUCCAUUUUGGUCAGCCGAAGCCACUCUUGAUAAUGAUUAUGACAAACGACAUUCAGCUGCGGUGAAUCAAUCUAAAGACAUUGGAGAAACACAGCUUACGGAAGAGAUAUAUUCUCUCACUCAAAAAUAUAAUAUGAAACGUGGGAGUUCAAUUUAUUCCCUACCGACAACUGAUUCGGUGUUCGAGGAUGAUUCAUUUUCACAAGUGAGUGAUAAUGAUGACACAUUCUCUGAUUUGUCCUUUGUUCCUUCCGUUUUAUCUUCACCGCCUUCACCAAAACCCUCUAUUUUUCAGAUCAGUCUUAACCGUUGUGAUAGACCAAGUAAUUUAUUUGCCGAGAAAGUUACCGUCAGUAAUCCUUCCCGAAUAGGUUCGGGAAUCGGUUCAUAUGUUUUAUAUACUUGUACAGUCAAUGGGACAGACGGUUUAAGGAUCGUAGUAAGGAAACGGUACUCCGAUUUCGUUAAAUUGCGAUCACAACUUGUCAAGGCCCAACCCAAAUAUCGAAAAAUUAUUCCAAAUUUACCACCUAAAAAGGUUUUGGGUAAAUUCAUGCCCGAGUUUAUUGAAAGGCGUCGUAAAGACAUGGAAUACUUUCUGAAUUAUGUAAUGCUACAUCCCGUUUUAGGAACUACUCCAGUGGUUAGAUGGUGGUUUAUGGAUUAA